ACUGAAAACAUUUCCUGCGCAAGCAAUUUUGUGAUGACGUGAAUAUUUACUGCAGAACCACAGGCACGUAUUCAAUACCAAACUCUAUAGUUUAAUUUCGCUGCCAGAGCUGAGAGAAUCCGUAAGAUUCUCACUUGUUCCGUUUCAUUCGGUUUGAACUAGAGCAGUGCAAUUUCGCUUGUACUGACUCCAAACGGCAAAGGACCCGAUAAAAGCAACGUAAUGGAAAUAGCAACAUCCAUGAACCUUGAAGCAAACAUGAACCUUGAAGCAAACAUGAACCUUGAAGCAAACAUGAACCUUGAAGCAAGCAACCUUGAAUCAAAUUUGAACCUUGACGCUGACGUAGUCAGUGAGCCAACUGCAACUGAAGUCAUGGUGGACCAGGUUAUCGAACAGUUUAUCGACUCCGAAUCUGUUCCUGAAGAUUCUGUUGAAGAUUCUCUGCCCGAAACUGACCUUGAAGCUGACAAAGAUGAUAAGAUGGCUCCUACUUACGAUGAAGCUUUCCCUCCUCUUGCUGGUAAAGCUGGCGCUGUAGGUGGAAUGGCAGGAGCAGUUUCGUUCUCCAAAGUAGCUGGAAGAGGACGCCCCACUGGACCUCCCCGUGUAAAGACUAGCACCAUCACUGUUCUGUUCCACAUCCCGGGGAUGGAGCUCCAGCCAGGAGAUCAUACUAACAUCGUCAAAACAGUGAGCGCUCAAACAAGCACCUCAAUAGAGAUCAGUAAGAGUAGAGAUGGGAGUGUGACUGUCAUGGUUACCGGUAAAGCAGCUAAUGUCAGCGAGGCUAAAGUCAGACUUCAGAAGGACCUACAGACCAACGCGACUGCCACGAUCAGUAUACCUAAAGAGCACCACAAGAACAUCAUUGGCAAGAACAGGUCCAAGAUAGAGCAGAUCCAGAAGGAAACCGGAACUCAAAUCACUAUUCCACCUCAGGGUAAGAAUGACGACAACAUCAAGGUGGAGGGAAGCAAGGAGGGUAUUGAGAAAGCCAUGUUCGAUCUCAGGAGAAUCAGUGAUGAUCAGUUCGCGAGACAUAGAGAGUCUGUGGUCCUUGCCAGGAAGUUUUACCCCUGGAUUAAGGGAGGCAGAAAGAACAACAAACUUGAAGAACUCCAGAAAGAAACAGGCUGCCGAAUCAACGUACCACCUUACCAAGCAGAGAACGAGGAGAUCAUAGUUACUGGAGAGAAAGAAAAGGUUAUCGCAUGUAUUGACAUGUUACAGAGAAGAUGCAGGGAUAUGGAGGAAAACUUCUCUCACAUCCAAGUUGAGAUCAGACAAACCCAGCACAUGUACAUCAAACGUGGCAACGGUAUUCAAGAUAUAUUCGACAAGACAAAUGUGUGGGUAGAGAUUCCAAAUGACGGCUCCCAGACAAUCAAACUGUACGGUCUAGAAGAUUCUCUUUCCCCAGCCCUGUCUUUGUUGUUUGAAAAAGCUAACUCCAUCAAAACAUGUGACGUGGAAUGUCCGGCCUGGUUGCUCAAAUACGUUAUCGGGAAGAAUGGUGAAAAUAUUCGAUCGCUCUCUGAGAAAUUCCCCAAAACAACAAUCAACUGCCAAAGCGAGAAGAACAUCAUAACUAUAGACGCACCCGGAGAAGAGUACGACGCAGCUCGAGAAGAGAUCACAAAACUUGUGGAUGAGCUGAUCCUGACCCGUUCCAGAGCUGUCAUUAAGAUCGACCAUAAGAUACACAAACAUCUGAUCGGUAAAGCUGGAUCUAAUAUCAACAAGAUUAAAUCUGAUACCGGAGUCAACAUCAAGAUACCUCAAGAGGAAGGCCAGGAGAUUGAGAUCGUGGGGCCACCUGAAGGAGUUGCUAAGGCACGUGAAAUGCUGCUGGAACAAGCGAAGAGAAUUGCAAACGAAGCAAGUGUUGAGCUGGUUAUCGAACAGAAAUGGCACAGACUACUGAUCGGAACUAAGGGAGAAAGUAUUCAGAAGAUCCGAGUCAAGUUCCCUGAAGUUCAGGUUUCCUUCCCCACCGCCUCCUCCAAAUCUCCGGAAUGUGAUAAGGUGUCCCUACGCGGGCCCAAGAAAGACGUGGAAGCAGUUUCCAGUAUGUUGAAGGGUCAGCUGAGUGUGAUUGUGGAUGAGAACUUUACUAUGAAGGUGCCGAUCUUGAAGAACCAUCACCGGUACAUUAUUGGCAAAGGAGGAGUGAACAUCAGGAAGGUAAAGGAAGAAACGAACACUCGUAUAGACCUCCCCUCAGAAGCAGCUGAUAGUGAUCUCAUCGUUAUCACCGGCAAGAAGGCUGAUGUGGAUCUAGCCAGGAAGAAGCUCCUUGCUAUCCAAGCAGAACUUGAAGAUAUCUACGAAGAAGAGAUCAGCAUCGACCCUAAGUUACACAACACCCUUAUCGGUGCCAAGGGUCGAAUCAUCCGCAGUAUCAUAGACGAGUCAGGGUCUGUCCAAGUCAGGUUCCCCAGCGCCGAUAAUCCUAGCGAGAAAGUCAGCAUCAGAGGAGAGAAAGCAGAUGUACUGAAAGCAAAGGAGAAACUUUUGUCGAUGGCACAUGAAAAGGAACUCGAGAGUUUCUGUAUCGAAAUACCUGCCAAGGCUGACUAUCAUCGCUUCUUGAUCGGCAAGAAGGGAUCCAACGUUCAAAAGCUGAAGAAAGAGUUCGGUGUGAACUACGCGUUCCCUAGGUCUGAUGAAAAGGAUCAGGACACAAUCACUAUCAUGGGACGUCAGGAACAGGUCGAGAAAGCAGCAGAGAACCUUCGAGAAAGUAUCAAGGAACUCGAUAACACCGCUGAGGACGAGAUUAAAAUUGAUUCCGAGUUCUUCAAGAAAGUUACAAGCCGAUCCACAAUAGAUCAGAUGACAAACGAACUGGGAGGAAUAAAGAUCGUCCCUCGCCCAUCAUCCAACACUGUCAAAAUAUCCGGCCCCAAAUCCUGUGUAGAGGAGUUCAAGAGCAAGAUGGAAGCCAUGAUAGAUGAUCUGAAGGCUCAGGUUGAGAUACAAGUUGAGAUAUCCCGACAACACCACCGAGAUAUUAUCGGACCUCAAGGACACAACGUGCGGAAAUUAACUGCUACAUACGGUGUUCAGAUCUCCUUCCCUCCCCAACAAGAUAGGAAGAAGAACCAGGGUAAGAACCAGGGAAAGAACCAGGAGAAGAAGCCGGAAGAGACCCCUGAAGUGACCCCUGAAGUGACCCCUGAGACCGCGGAUAACGGUCACCUCCAAAACGGAACUGCACCAGAGGUGGAAGGAGAAGUAAUAGAAGAAGUUGCACCUGUAGUAGAGCCUGUGAUAGAGACCGCCCCUGAUCCCCAAGAUAUUAUCAAGGUUGUAGGACGGCCUGAGAACUGCGAACAAGCCAGACUAGCUCUGCUAGAUCUCAUUCCUAUUAGUUUGGAGGUAGAGAUUCCAUUCGAAUUCCACAGAAUGCUGAUUGGAAAAUCUGGUGAGAACAUCAAGUCUAUAAUGGACGAAUUCGAUGUGAACGUGCAAGUACCAGGAACCACCCUGAAGAGCAACAUAGUGAUAGUGAGAGGACACAAGGACAAGGUCGAGGAGUGUAAGAGCAAACUUGAGCUGGAUUGCAAGAAAUGGGACGAUGAUAAAGAAGAUCGUGCUAAGAGGAGCUACUCUCUGAACCUCACUGUAGAUCACAGACAUCACUCUAAGAUCAUUGGAAGACGAGGAGCUGUAAUCAACAAGAUCAAGGAUGAACAUAAGUGCCAGAUCAGAAUGCCGGACAGGAACUCAUCUGGUUCAGACCAGGAUGUUAUCACGAUAGUCGGGUACGAAGCUGACGCAAUAGCAGCAAGAGAUAGUAUCAUGAAGAUAGUAUCCGAGCUUGAGGAGAGGGUUACUGGUACUGUCGAGAUUGACAGCAGGAUUCAUGCUAGGUUGAUCGGACAACGUGGAAAGAAUAUCCGCAAGAUCAUGGAGAAGUUUGGUGUUGAUAUCAAGUUCUCCGGAGGAGAAACAGGAAAUACAGUGUCGGUUGAGGGUAACGAGGCCAACGUUGAGGAGUGUAAGGAGCAUCUCCUGGAGCUCGCUGAGGAAAUGAUGGAUGCAGUGUUAGAGAAGAUCCAGGAUGAAGCCCAUCAAGCCCAGUACUCCAGACCCAGACAACAACCACAACCUGGCUUCUUCGUACGUGACGCUCCUUGGCAACAUGGACAGCAGCAGCAACAACCACCUCCACAGGUAGCGCCGGAUACCUCUGACUUGACAGCGUUCCCUGGACUUGGCCCCGCCUCAGCACCUCGUGCUAGCGCCGGUACUUGGGGAGGAAACAAGCAGUGGAGAUAAGCUAUACGCACGUGCGCUCAGGGUCACGCGGCACCCGACCCAGACUACGUGACGUCACUGCACGUGACCUCUGAACGUGUGGCGUCACUGCCCGUGACCCGGUUCACGCGUGAUUCGUUUAGAGUCACCAGCGUGGCACGUGCCUUGAUCGGAAACGGCUUUGGACUAACGGACCCUGAUUCUCAGCUCCCGUAGUAGUAACAUAUAAUAUAUGGUAUUUAAUCUAAUUAAUAGGCGAUGGAUCGUUUUUCUGAUAAAAUUCAGUUUCGAGUUACGUUUUAAAUCGUCACAUUAAUGAUGAAUUGUUUUGAUAUGAGUUAAGUUUUAAACAUUUUUAAGAGUUUUAUAUGAAGUCGUUUGAACUUGGUAGCUUAAUUGUCCAUUUGAAGCCUAAUGAAUCUCCAAAAGUAGCUACUGGUGACAUAAUUACUUUAAUAGUUAUAUUGGAAGUAUUCAAAUUGAACGUGAGAUAUAACUGAAAGUGAAACUUUACAUCCUCUAAAAAGUAAUUAUAUGAAAGUAAAAGUGAAAGUUGUUAUAUAUGAUAAAAUUUUUGUUUGAGUAUUUUGUAGAUUUGUAGAUUACUCGAUUUUUUCAAAUGUUGGGGGUACACUUCAGAUUAUAAUACUGACCAGCGUCCGAUUUGAACUUAAAUUAAUUGAUUAAUUAGUUAAUUUAUUCACGAGUUCCCUGAAGACCAGGCCAGUGUAAUACAUGUUAUGAAUAUCUUAAUGUUUAAAUCCUUUAAAUCAUUUUUCUUUUUUUGAUUCCCUCGGUUUGGGCUGAUCACUUUAUUUUCCUGGGUUUCGCAUUAGUAAUUUUGCAUGUAAAUUAGUAUAGGGUAUUUAUACAUAUUAUAUAGAUGUACAAACAGCAGCCCAACAAACAUUACCGACAAUUCACAGUAUGAUAUACAGUUGAUAACCAAUUAGUUAACUUGAUAUACAGUUGAUAACCAAUUAGUUAGCUGACUGAUUAUUUGAUUGGUAUUAUACGACAAAAGAUCCUUCUCCAAGUAAUUUUGCCCUUUUUAACGAUCAGUUGAAGUGUUUUGUGUAUAACAUAUAUACUCAUUUUAAUUCCAUAUCCGACGACCAAGGCUGGUUCCGAAAAUAAA